CGAGUUUCGCCCCACAUUAUUGUGUCAUGGCGCCAGCGUUCGACUUGUUCCGGAAAGUGCCGGAAGACUUGCAGACGACCUCCGUGUCGUCGGGCAUCUUCACGCUGCUCACGAUCGUGGUCAUGACGUACCUAAUCGUGGCCGAGUACAUUGGGUACGCGUACUCGUCGUCGAGCUUCGUGUCGAGCGUCGUAUUGGACUCCCAUCAAGAAGAUCUGUUGCGGAUCAACUUCAACGUGUCGAUUCCCGCGAUUCCGUGCCGGCAUUUGUCCAUCGACUUGAGCGACCACCUCGGGCUCCAGUUCACCAACAUCACGCGCCACAUUCAGCGCAUUUCCCUCGUCCAGACCCCAGACGGGACUCUCGCACGACACAAGGAAGUGUUCAUGGCCGAAGCAGUCGCCGCGUGGGGGAACGUCGGCCACGUCCUCCACGCCGGCGAGACGAUCACGCCGCUCCUGGACACGACCACGUUCGACGAGUACAUGACCAAGUACGACCUCGUCCUCGUCAACUACUACGCGCCGUGGUGUCCGUACUCGCAGGCGCUUCUACCCGUAUGGGAAGCUACGGCGUUGCAACUGCAGGAUCACCCCGAGUACGCCGAGCGCGUGACCAUGGCUCGCGUCGACUGUACCCAGGACAACUCGGUGCAACUCUGUCGUCGGGCUCGUAUCAUGGCGUUCCCUUCCAUGAUGAUUUACAUGUUUGGCAGAACGUUCACUCGAUACAUUUACAACGGACCUCGCAAUCCCGAAUCUCUGUUGCUAUUUCUCGACUUGUUUUACCGGCGGUUAAAUCCCGACGGGGACUUGGCCGAAGAAGUGCUGCCUGAUUUUGGCACUCAAUUGGGUCUUUUGGCCACGGAUGACUCGGACGAUGAUGCAAAUGAAGGCUGCGAAGUGUCUGGCGCGCUGUCCGUGCAGCGUGUGCCGGGUAAGUUGUCAUUCAAAGCGGCCGCCCCCGACACUUCGUUUGAUCUGUCACAUAUCAACACGAGUCACCACGUCAACCAUUUCUCAUUUGGACAGUUCAAAUCUGCCGAGCACCGCCUUGCCUCCCAUGGGCUCGUUGCGACACAGUACCCCCUUGAUAAGAAAAAAUUCCACGCCCAAAAUAUUAAUAUUACGAUCGAACACUAUAUUAAGAUUGUCGGGGUCGACCGCAUAGACGACUCUAAUUUUUUGCUCGACAUGCGGUCCCGCGAGUACGAGUUUUCGGUGACGUCCAACCAGUACAACGCGUCGGGAGAUGUGCCCGCAGCCGUCGUGACCUAUGACGUGGCGCCCCUUGUGAUCGAGCUGCGUCCGUACCACGUGCCGCUGUUCCGGUUCUUCACAUCCUUCUUUGCGAUCGUCGGGGGCGCGUACACGAUCCUCAAAGUGGUCGACGCCGGCGUCUUCUUAGCCCUCAACUCGAUGCAGAAGAAGGCGCAACUGGGCAAAUUGAGUUAGACGACGACCUACGAGUGUAAACAUGUGUACAUUUAUAUAUCAUGUACGACACACA